GGGGAAUAUUUUUUUAGAGUAUUAUGUUGGAUUUGCGCACGAUUUUUGCGUUGACGAAACUUAAACUGCAUGAAAAUUGGUUGCGAAAAUGCAAGUUACCUCAUGACUUCAUUUGAAUAUCCAUGCUUUGCAUUCGAUGGUAACUUUGCCCCCACCUAUGUCGCCGAGACGUAGGCGCGUCGCUAAUUCGACAUCUGUAGCACGCGAGUGCAUCAUGUCUCGUGUGAACGGAACAGAACCAAGUUGAACGCUCGAAAAUGGGGAUGCUUUGAACAUUCUGCUUCUGCCGUGCGUAAACAAUACAUACAUGACACGAAGGUUACUUGAAGGCCCGAUCACUGAGACAUGAAGACAGCAGUAUUAGCGGUCCCAAUCACAGCUCUGGAGUUCCUUCAGGAUACAUGUCUAUUGACAGGCGAAGGUCCAGUGUUGAGUCUGUACAGUCUUCAACCUGAACCUAAAGCAUGCAACUCAGAGCAUGUGCUCCAACAGCACCGCAUCCACGGGAUAAGGCCAAGAGUCUUUACACGACAGACUUCUUUCACAGAAAAUUACAGAGAAACCAAAGGCCUGAGCUCCAACAAUGUACCCAACUACUUUGACCUGGCUGUGUUUGGUGGGAAGGAGGUCAGGCUAGUGAGGCUUCAUUUGGAUUUCUCUGCUGUGGAACACGCACGCUUGGAGAUACUGAGUCCCAUUGUAGCGCUUCAAGACUGGGUCCUGGAUAUCCGCUGGCUAUAUGAAGACAAACAGUCUCUCCUCUGUGUGGCUGUUGCCCAUAAUGGUGCUCUUCUCCUGGACAUCAGCUCAGGGACCACCUUAACUCAGCGCUGUUGUCUGGAAGGGUGUCUGCUGUACUCUGCGCUCCUUGUGGUGCACAAAAUCUGGGAAGAUACUGUUCUGGUAGGUGGUACGGUUUUUAACCAGCUGGUUCUGUGGAAGCCUGGAGGAGAAGAAAGUGACAAAAAAGCUCCAGUAGAAAGGCGUUUGCUGGGACAUACUGGCGUUAUCUUCAGCAUCUCUUACCUCCAGGAGAAAGGAUGGCUGGCAUCAGCUUCAGAUGACCGCAGUGUCAGGGUGUGGGCUGUCGGUGCUUUAGGGGGCUCUGGAGGAAACUGUGGAGAUUUGAACCCAACUUGCUUAAGGGUUCUUUUUGGACACCAGGCAAGGGUCUUCUCUGUGCACCUCUGCCCAGCGAGAGUUUUUAGCGCUGGGGAAGAUGGGACCUGCUUAAUUUGGGACUGGGUUGGAAGUGGGAGAGUGCUUCGCACCUUAAAGGGACAUCGAGCAGGUGGGAUUCGGGCACUGGCGGUCAGCACAGGAAGAGGGAAUGAGAUGAGCAAAUGGGUGGCAACUGGAGGAGCAGAUGGAGGUUUGAGGUUGUGGACAUUUCAGGAGAAUGACGAGGAGGACUCCGUAACAGAAACGACAACAGACUUGAAAUUCUCUGGUCAAGGUAUGCCAAAGGUGGUUUGUGUUGUAGACGGGGAAUCUGACAAUAAAAGGUGGAGCCAGUGUAGCAUUUUGGCUUGUACUGACCAAGGAAUUGUUUAUCAAAAUGUUGACGGCAACUGGGAGUUGGUGUGGCAAGGUUCUCCCGAGUUUCAGUCCUACUGUGUGAUGGAAACAGUGGCUGUUAGAGUGAAAGACUCCAGUCGAGCUAAUUUAUGCGCCGUUGGGAGCCUCAGUGGAGCCUUAAAGGUCUUUCACAUCUCUGAUCCACACAAUGGGACUGUUCUCCAAGCUGGAUCAGGAAAGAUUCACAGUCUUAUUUGGCAACAGGGAGAAGAAAGCGUAUAUUUGCUAGCGUCGGGUGCCGACGGACAAGUUUAUCGUUGGUGUAUUGAUGCGAGAUUAAAUGAAGUCGGCUCUUUGGUUCUCGGGGUGAAAUGUCUCCCUUCGUUUGUCCUCCCUGCCUGUGCCAAACGAUGGCUAACGGCGGCAGUACGCCUUACCACCAAACCGGUGGGGACUCUGUGGGCGUGCGGGGAUAGAAGAGGAUCCCUGCUUUUGUUUCAGGAAGACCCAAAGAAGGGGUGUGAAUACAAGGCACCUGACUGGAUGCAAGCAUGUAAAAAAACUCAUGAAAAUGAUAGAACAACGGAAGAUAAAGAGCGUCCACAGAGACACAAUGGCUCGACAUUGUCUCCGCUAAGCUGCUUGUUUGGGGUGCAUGGAAAACAGGGUGUCACGUCAAUCUCUAAAUAUCAGGGACUUCUCUACAGCACUGGAAGGGAUGGCUGUGUACGUGUUUUUAGAGUGCAUGACAAACUGAAAGAAAGGGUUGAGGGAAGUGAUGAGAGCAUCCUUCAUCUGGAGGUUCUGAGAGUCCAACGGGCUUGCAAAGGUAUGGAAUGGUUGGAGAAGGCUUUGAUCGUGGAACCCAACAAUCUUGUGGACAAAGGAAAUAAGGAAUUUGCAAGCCAAAAUACGAUACAGGAGUCUUUAACUGGGAGGCCAGAGGACCAAGAAAAAGGGUUAGAGAUGGAAAACAAAGGAACGGAAGCCCGCUUUGUCAUCUUUGGGUUUCAUGCCACCCAGUUUGUAGUUUGGGACCCAGUGAGACAGGAGAAGCUAUUCGUGGUGCCUUGUGGUGGGGGCCAUCGCUCUUGGAGUUUCUGGCCGAAUUGCAGAGGGGUUUGGCCCGGAUACGGAGCUCUGGUCUUCAUCAAGCAGGGGUCCGUCCUGGCUUCUGAGCACCCCCUAAAGUCACCAAUCUCAGAUGGCAAGGCAGCAAAGAAUGAAAGCUGGAUUCUGAAAGAGGGCAUCCACGGCAGAGGGAUCGGAUGUGUUUGCCGGCUGGGGAGCAUUUGGGUUCCUAGAGAUACGAUAGGAAACAUAACAGGAAUAUUGGAGGCAGAUGGGGUCCACAUGAAAGCACAGUGGGAAAUAAUAGUCACGGGUGGGGAAGACACAACCUUAACUGUUCUGGCCGUACAGCCCAACUCUGGUAGUGUCACAGUUCUUUCCGUUAUUACUGACCACAUCUCAAGUGUUCGCACAUUGGAGGCGGUAACUCAUCAGGAGGGGCAGUCUCUCUCUGCCCUGCUGAUAUCAGCCAGUGGUCGGGCUCAAAUACAGUGUUACCGACUCUUGAUUGGUUGGGACAAGCAGAGACUGGCCCCCUGCUGCCAAGUGGUGCAGGUGGCAAGUCAUCGAUUGGACGAACACUGGGAGAGGAAGCGGAACAGACACAAGAUGGUGAAAAUGGACCCAGAAACCAGAUACAUGUCUAUGGCUGUGGUGGACCACAGCAAAGAAGGUGUUCUUGUGGCUCUUGCCUGCAGUGAUGGGGCUGUCAGAUUGUUCUCCAUCAGUGAAGUUAAACGCCAAAUAGAUUUGCUGUGGGAGACGUUUUGCCACCAGCGGUGUGUACUUAGUAUCGCUACCUGCAGCUUGCAGGAUGGAAAAGGCGUCAGGUAUAUGCUGCUAUUCAGCGCUGCAACUGAUGGUAAAAUUGCAGCGUGGGAUCUGACCCGGCCAGCCUCUCCGUCAACCUCCGGCUCUCCAGGUGAUUUUGCGACUCCACCAAUCCCGUGCCUCACCAUUUCUGCCCACCAGAGUGGUGUCAACACAUUGGCUGUUUGGGCUCAGACACAAGGGCACCAAGACGCCAGUUGCCUGGUAACCGUUUGCAGUGGAGGGGAUGACGGGCAGCUGACCGUUUCCACCUUCAGGGUGGACUACCUGGAAUAUCAUGGCAGGAUUGGGGACUCUACACAGGACAAACCACCAACCCAUUUUAGUCUGCAUCUCCUCUCCCAGAUGAAUAUCCCCUUGGCACAUGCAGCCCCUCUAACUGCCCUUAAGCUCCUGAGACCAGGCCUGAUAGUCACCACCUCUUGUGAUCAGAGGGUAUGUCUUUGGAAGCUCUGCAGUACUGCCAUCAACCACAUAGGGGUGCUGUGCUCCCAUGUUGCCGAUGCUGCAGGACUCGCAGUGUGGGAGGAACAGGUGAUGGUGGUUGAAGAUGGAAGGAAGAAGACUGGGUCUGUGGCUGACAACGGCGUUGUUUGUGAAAAGACAAAAGGUCAGACACACUUAGAACAAAUUGAGGAGAAGGCUUGGCGGCGAGGCUGUCAGGACCAAGAAGUUGCUGAUGGGUUACAGCAAAAGACAGGUGACUCGAUUCCAGACAAAGAGACAUUGCAUAGAGAGGAAAUGCAGACUGACGACCAGGAUGAAAAUGACCCGAUCAGUGAAAUUACUUUGAAAACUUGCUGUGAGAAAAGGUUAGGGCAGAAAAAAAUGGGAUGGGUGUUGGUCUGCGGGCAAGGCUUCCAGCUACUGCAAAUUUAAAAUAAAGUCAAUGAUUAAGACAGUAGGACAAAUGAAAGGAGGAAAAGUUCGGAAAUGACAGAGCAACUUUAAACUGAAAAUUAAAGUGCAACUCAAACUGGCUCUUUCAGGCCUUCACAAAUGACAAUGUGACGUUUUAUUGCAUAUUUCCCAAUCAAUAAAAAACAGUUUGUGAUAAGUUUAUUGCCUUUUUAAAUAAUGUUAAUAUAGUCUAUCUCCAUUUAUAAGUCAUCUCUGAGGAAGCUACAAAGGAAGUUUAUUACUUGAGUGGCUCAAGACCUGAUGAUAAUCAAGGUAACGGAUAAUAAAUGGCUCUCUGUAUUGCACUCUACAUUCCAUACAGUAGAUCUCAAAGUACUACAAGUAGACCUGUCACUGGCUUUUAUGGAUGGAGAAAAACAUUACUCUUCCACCCACCUAAUAUAUGAGCUGCCUAUCCUCACAAGGGUCGCGUGAAUGCUGGAGCCUAUCCCAGCUAUCUUUGGGCAGGAGGCAGGGAACACCCUGAACUGGUUGCCAACAU